ACCUGGAGGUGAGGCAGGCCCAGCUGAGAGAGCGGAGAACCGCGCUGGAAUCAUCCCGGGCUGACGCUCACAAGUCCGGGGUAAGUAUACAGCGAUCUGCUAACAGUCCCACCACGUCUACUCCGUGUGUUUCUCUGCACAGGCCCGGUGCACCCAGGACGCGAUCUUCCCAGAUGUCCCUCACUGCGACGCCGGGACACCACGGACCCUGGGUGCAUCCACAGCGGAGGACGCGAGCCGGGUCCCGGGCGACGACUUCUCCCCCUCCUGCCUUCGACAUCUCCAUCCGGAACCGCUUCGCUCCCCUCCGCGAGACAGGACGCGACGCUGUGAUCAUCGGAGACUCCAUCGUCCGACACGUAAGUGCUACGUUAGCCGAAGGUAAAGUGCACACUCAUUGUUUGCCUGGUGCUCGUGUUCUCGAUGUUUCUGCGCAGAUACCCGCGAUCCUGAAGGUCGACGAGAGCCCCAGAGCAGUCGUGCUUCACGCCGGGGUUAACGACACCACGCUGCGGCAGACGGAGACGCUGAAGAGGGACUUCAGCAGCCUGAUCGAGACGGUUCGCAGCACGACGCCCGCGGCGACGAUCGUCGUGUCAGGACCACUGCCCACGUAUCGACGAGGACACGAAAGGUUCAGUAGACUUUUUGCUUUAAAUGAAUGGCUGUUGUCAUGGUGUAAAGAACAGAAACUGCUAUUUGUUAAUAACUGGAAUCUUUUCUGGGAGCGUCCUAGGCUGUUUCGCGCUGAUGGAUUACACCCCAGCAGAAUCGGAGCGGAGCUGCUCUCUGACAACAUCUCCAGGACACUUCGCUCCAUGUGACUAAUUGCUGCUGCUGACUUGAGCCAACCAUUAUUUUCUCCUCUCCAUGUCAGCGGGGAAGCCAUACAUUUGCACACCUUCCUCUGACCGAGUGGAGCAUCCCCAUGCAGCACAGCAAACCAUG